AAUUUACUCAAUAAUAAAAGAACCCAAACGGGUUGUACGGGACUCCAAAGUCAUCACCUCUUUUUUCUUCUUCCGGAAGAAAGGUUUCCUGGAUCAGUGGAUCCUGCUUCGCACUUCAUAUCAUCCCUUCACCUCGAAUCAUCUGCAUCUGUCAAGCACUUCAAAACACAAAACAAAAAAUCAUUCUGAAUUCUUUCCCCAAUAGAAUGGAGGGCGAGGAUGAGAUCAAGCAGAAACUGCAAGAAUUGCAGAAACAGUUAGGUAAAAAGCAAUCGUUCGAGGAAGCGGUUUCCAAAGUCAGAUCUCUGCUGUGUCAAUAUUACCCGUCUGCUUCCCCUUCUCUCAGAACAUCGUUCUAUUCUGUCGUGUGUCGUGCUGCAACAAUUUUAAGGACAAGAUAUACAUCACCUGGGUUUUGGCAUGCUGGAUUACAACUUUUCCUUGAUGCUGAAAACCUUAUGUCAGAGUUUUCUGAGAAGAAACAUUUGCAGGACUGCAUUGCUCAAUCACGAAAUCACCUUGGCGAAGUGGCGAAUCAGCCUGAUAACUCAGCAUCUGUAGACAAUCGGCCGAGAGGAUUUCUAUUUGAGGGUCAUCUAACUGUUGAUCCUGAGCCUCCACAACCUGAUUGGCUUGUAAUGUCAAACCUUCUGAGUGCUUCGGUGACAUUGUCUAAUGGACAGUCUUCUGAAGAGCAUGCAGCCAACAGUAACACGUCAGAUGAUUCUAUUGUAACCAACCUACUUCAGCAACUGGCUGAUAGACAUGAGGACAUUAUCCCAAUGAUUUUGGAUGAUGCACCUGUUGUCCCUAGAGCACCUCCUGCUAGUAAAGAGGUUGUGGCAAAGCUUCCAGUUACUAUCGUUACAGACGAAUUUUUAGCAAAGCUUGAUGCUAAUGCUGAAUGUGCCAUCUGCAAGGACAAUUUGGUUCCAAAUGAUAUGAUGCAAGAAUUGCCUUGCAAGCAUAUGUUUCACCCUCAUUGUUUGAAACCCUGGUUGGAUGAGCACAAUUCUUGCCCGAUAUGCCGUCAUGAGUUGCAAACUGAUGAUCAUAAAUAUGAAAGUUGGAAGGAAAGGGAAAAGGAAGCAGAGGAAGAGAGGAAAGGAGCUGCAAAUGCUGUUCGCGAGGGUGAAUAUAUGUAUGUGUAGAUUUAAAAUAUUUGGCUCUAAAUCUGUAAUGAUAAAUUCCCGACACUCAUAAAUAGAUAUUUCCACAUGUCCGGAUGUAUUUUUCCGAGUAACUAAAACCACUUACUCCCUACACUCACCCACAGUCACCAAGACCCCUUGGAUUUUCCCGGUGGUAUUCUUGUGCAGAAUUCUUCUCAUUUUCUAUCUCUACCUUGGUAGUGUGUAAAACCCACACACACACAGAGAACUCUUCACAUGGCUAGUUAAAUAGGCAACAAAGGAGCAUAUGAACAAAGGAAUAAAAGACAAUCAAGAAAUGGCCGACACCUAGCAUUCAAUGCAUCCAUCCCAUUUUUCCUUUGUUAUCUUCUCUUUGUUUUCCAUCUUUUCAUGUCCUUAUUUUUUUUCUUUCUUUUUGAAUAUUUAAUCAAUAUUUCUAACAAACUCCACCUUGAUUAAAUAAUUAAAACCAUUAUAGUUCCACCUCACUUGUCCCAUGAGAUCAACGAUAUUCCAAAAGAAAAAAAAUCUCCUUGGCCCCACCUCGAUUUUGCUCCAUCGAGAUCACUGUACUGCCGCCAUGAAAAUUUUCCAAUGAUUCUAUCUUGCUCAAUACCGCAAGAUUUUCGCCACCCUUUUUUUGUCUCCAUGGCUCCACCUUGUUCAAUACCACAAGGUCUCUGCCACUUCCAGUCGCCGUUGUACUCGUGACUCCAUCUCAACCAACCCGUCAAGAUCACCGCCACUACCUUAGCUCAUUAGAGUUUUAACCCUCCACCUCGAGCAAAAAAAAUGACAACCCACCUUUGUUAACACUCUCUGAGACCACCCCUCUAGCAAUUAGCUUCAUUCGAUCUGCCCAUCUUGCACCACCGCAGCAACACCUACGGGACACGCCGCCAGACCUCUUCUUGCCGGGAAGACUUUCGACACAAGACAUAAGUUGAAGUUUUUCACUCUGCUAGACCACCGAUCUCCUCAAGUCCCGCUCCCGCACCAUACUUCACAAAGCCAGCAUGCCGCUUCGUACCCGGUCCCCAUGCCCUCCACUUUGUUCCUAAAGUCCCAUGGUCGCUUCUGGCCAAAACCGACCAGUCCCUGAGUUCUCAAAAUUUCUCCUUUUAUUGCUUACAAAUCCCUCCUGCCCAGCGGAACCAAGCUCUGAUACCAAUUGUUGGGAUUUUAAGCGCGUAAGAUACCGAAAAAUAUUAAGAACACCAGAAAAAUGAGAGAACAAACACAAGAAGGAUAUAUGAGAGAAAAAAAUUAUAUUUCUACUAUUUCAGGACAAUAUACAAAAACUCUCUCCCUGUUUACAAGGCUAAAUUUCCGACACUCAUAAACAGAUCUUUCCACAUCCUAUGCCCGGAUGUAUUUUUCCGAGUAACUAAAACCAGUUACUCCCUACACUCACCCACACUCACCAAGAUCCCUUGAAUUUUCCCGGUGGUAUUCUUGUGCAGAAUUCUUCUCAUUUUUUCUCUCUAACUUGGUGGUGAGUAA